AUGAUUGAUUUUCUUAAAAAGGCAGGUAUGAUAGUUUCUAUAAUAGAGUUAAUCCCUAAAUCUGAAAAUAAUGAUGCAUUGUUAUCAAAAGCAAUAAGAGUGUAUUUCUCUGUUGUUAAAGCAGAAGAGAUUUCAGAUAUUGCUAAUACCAAUAUUCUUAAUUAUGAAAUGGCUAAGUCAGAGUGUUAUGAGUAUCUAUCUGAAUCUUUAACAGAGGAAUUUAUCGCAGAAUAUGGUAAUCCCAACUAUAUGAAGUGGUUUAGAGCUUUCUGGAAAUUAUAUAAUGCUGAAUUAUUGAAGACAUAUACACCUGUUAAAGAUAUUAAUGAUCAGGAUAGAUAUACAGCUGAUAUUGUUAAAUUAUGUUUAGAAUCAUCUAAGUCUAUAAAGUAUCUCCAAGAUUUAGUACCAAAAAUGGCCCAAGUUUUUGAUAAUACAAACACAUCUCAUAGCAUUAAAAAAUCUGCACUUUUUGCAACUUAUAGAAUAAAGUUUAAAGCUACUAACAAUAAACAAACCCAUUAUUAUCUAGUAGAUCCAUUUGAUAAAGAAAGUGUUCCAAAGUUGCUAUCAUACCAAAUAGGUGAAGAACAGUUCUAUAAAAAUGAUGAAGAUAUAUGUUAUGGGUAUAGUAAACUCUCAUCUGAUGAAUUAGAGAUCACUCUCAGUUCUGAUAUACAGUUGCGUCAAGAAUUGUUUGAUAUCAUUUAA